UUUAAGUUUCAAUAAAUAAAGGCAUGUUUUCCGUAAAUAAACUGUUACUGAAUAAAUUGAACACUUUUUCACUAAUUUUUACAGCCAAACGUUUUAAGUAUAAGAAAAAAUGGGCAUCAAAUCGCGUUGCCAAGCCAUCUACAGAACUAGCACUAAACCACUAUGAUUUUCACAUUGGUAAAAAGUUGGCCGACAGAUGGCCUUCCAUACGCUUGGCUCUCCUAUCUCAGCCCAAAUACUGCGCCGUAUUGAAUAACUUUUGCGAAGAUUUAGAUCAGUAUUUGUUAGAGCUGGCCGAAAAUGGCGGAUUUGAUUUCGUUGGGAGGUGGAAAUAUACAACGUCACCUUACAAUGGAAAAUUCAGUCUCUCAAACUCACAAAGUGAAAAUAAUAAUGAUGGAAAUAAUGUUGAUGAUAUGGUGGGUGAAGAUGGUAAUUAUUGUGACGACAAUGACGGAGUUAAAGAUCAAAUUGCAACAUCAGCAUCUAGGAAGAGUCGAUUGGUAUCAUCAAAAUCUGAUUUGCAUUCAUUUAUGCCUGCCAAGCGAAUUUUAUCAGAGAGGGAAAAACUUCAUAAGUUAGAAUAUGAACAAAAUGCAAUGACGACAAAUAACAAUGAAGUUAUCAAUAAUAAUUGUUAUAAUUUAGCCAUUAAUAAGCAUAAUUAUUUUGAUAUAAUCCCAUCUUCGCCCGAUGCAACAUUACAGCACAUCCCUAAAAAAUUAAAAGCCGUUAUAUAUAACCGGGGAGAUGUGAGUAAAUUCAGACCUGCAAAGAUGGAUAAAAAAUCAGGAAAACUAUCUUACUACCUUAUGGAUGCUGCCUCCAUAUUACCUACAUUAGCAUUAGACCUAUUCCCUAACUGUUCAGUUUUAGACCUGUGUGCAGCCCCAGGUGGAAAAACCUACGCCAUGUUGCAAACUAUGUUACCAGACACAAUUAUGUGUUUAGAUAGAUCUUACAAUAGAAUGGUCAGACUAAAAGACACAUUACGCCUGUACUUUCCAAGAGAUUACAUAGAAAGUGAGAAAGUGAAAGUAAAAGUUGCUGAUGCCAUGAAUUUUGGGUUUUUCCACGAAAACUCAUUUGAUAGGGUUCUUGCAGACGUGCCGUGCUUAAACGAUCGACACUCAGUAACAGAGGACGAGAAUAAUUGGUUCAAAAGUAGCAGGCAGGCUGAAAGAUUGCUACUGCAACAGCAGCAACAACAACUUCUCAUCUCAGCAGUAAAAGCCUGCAAGCCUGGAGGAAUCAUAGUAUACAGUACGUGCACUUUGUCACCCCCUCAGAACGAUGGUACGGUCCGGGCGGCCAUAGAAUCCCUAAUCACUGAUCACAAUAUCGAAGUUAGUGUAAUGGACACUGGACCCCUCGCGGCCGCCUAUCGAGAAUAUUUUAACUUUAACGAAAACCCGGGUUUUUGUAGUUUAGGACAACUAGUUUUACCGAAUGUUACGGCCAACUUUGGUCCUAUGUAUUUUUGCAAGAUUAAAAGACUGAAAUGA